GUAUGCUGAUUGGCUGGAUAUCAUUUUGAUGAUAAUAGGCUUGAUUGCAGCUGUUGCAAAUGGGACAGUGCACCCACUUAUUAUCAUUGUCACUGGAGAGAUGACAAACAGAUUUGUGAUGAUUGGCCAAGCAGUAAAUAUGUCUUCAGUUAAUCUUUCAGCUGUGAUGAAUAGUAACUCUACUUGUCCAGCAAUUCCAGGUUUGGAUAUAGAAGCUGAAAUGAGCAGGUUUGCCUACUACUAUGUGGGUAUUUCCUUUGCUGUAAUGAUACUGAGCACCAUCCAAGUCUGGACAUUUUUGACCUCAGCUGCAAGACAGACAGCAAGAAUCCGACAAAAGUUUUUUUUUGCAAUACUUCACCAGGAGAUGGCUUGGUUUGAUACCAGCCAGAUUGGAAUGUUGAACACCCGACUGACGCAGGACAUUAACACCAUCCAUGAAGGCAUUGGAGACAAGUUCUGUAUAUUUGUACAAUUCUUUUUUACGUUUCUGACAGGGAUUGUUAUAGGAUUCGUCUACGGGUGGAAACUGACUUUGGUGAUUUUGUCAGUUAGCCCUCUCCUUUCUGCAGCAGCAACAGUUGGAUCAAUCUUCCUGGCAUCAUUCACUACAAAAGAGCUGACUGCUUAUGCUAGAGCAGGAACUGUGGCGGAAGAAAUGUUGACUGCUGUCAGAACAGUUGUUACUUUCAAUGGACAGAUGAAGGCAUUAGCAAAGUGAGUUUUUUUUAACUAAUUAUUGAUUGUAUACAAUAUUGGGGAAAGUGAUGUGGUUAUUUUAAAAAAAUCGAAGAUGAUCUG